AUGUUGGACAACAUGGACCAGCAACAAACCACCAAUACUGUAGAGGAGCCCCUACAUCUCAUCAGGCUCAGCCUGGAUGAGCAAAUGUAUGUGAAGAUGAGAAAUGACCAGGAGCUUCGAGGCAGGUUACAUGCUCAUGAUCAACAUUUUAAUAUGACCCUGGGCAAUGUGGAAGAAACCAUAACGACUGUAGCAAUUGAUGAAGAAACUUAUGAAGAGAUAUAUAAAUCAACCAAGUGGAAUAUUCUGAUGCUCUUUGUUUGGGGAGAUGGGGUUGUGUUCGUGGCCCCUCCAUUGAGAGUCGACUGA